AUGAGGAUGGAGGACACGGUGCGCUCGCUGCUGCAAUACAAAAGCCGCGUGGAAACUCUGAAGCAGGAGAAGGCCUCGCUAUCUUCCGCCCUGGAGGCAUCAGCAGCGCACUAUCAAAGCCAGCUGUCGGCGUUGUCAGCGGAAAAUGAGAGGCUCCGCAACGAACUGUCCGCGCUAUCGACCGGCGUCCACGACAACGAGCACGAGAGGCGUCUCGACGAUGUCGCUCAGCAAGUGGUGCGAGCUUUACUCUCACAAAAGAGCGUCCGAGAAGAAUUGGGAUGCGCACGCGCAAGAAUCCGCGAGCUCGAGACGCAAAACCGCGCGUUAAGUUCCCUACUAGUGCGACAGCUGCGGCCGCAGCCCCGACCGUCACCCGCCACCCCUCACACGCCGCUUACGCCGCACACCCCGCGGGAUUUACAAGUGCACCUAGUAGACGUAGGCUCGUGCGGGUCUUUAGUCUCGUUCAGGGACUCCCCGCCGCCCGCGCCGCCCGCGCCGCAGCCGCACCCGCUGAGCCAAGACGAUAAGCGGCGUCAUCAAAUAUUAGCGGAUAUCUGGACUGAGUUAAAGGGCCUAGAAGUGACUCCGGCAAACCUGGCGCGCGCGCUUUCCGCAGUGGACCCGACGCUGUGGGCGCCGCCCGCGCGCCCCGCCACGCUCAGCCUCAGCGUGCCCCCGCCGGCCAUCGACCACGCCGCUGGAGCUACAAGAGAAAAAGUAACAGAAGAAGAGAACGGCGAAGCGGGGGCAGAGUCCCCUGAGAGCGGGGCGAAAGACGAGGGCUACUCCACCAUGUCCAGUGACGUGCAAGCCGACGCUUCACGUCAGAGUGAUCACGCUGCAGACCGAGCCCUACCCGACUUAAAUGAAGCCUCCGACGAAACAGACAACCAAACUAUCGUCUCCAUCAACCCCAGAGAAUCUCGACGCCAUGCCAGACUACUUGCUGAAGCCGAUUAUAUUUAUUUUCCCAUAGGAGUAGCGUUCGCUGGUAUUAGAGGGAGUUACCCACCAUCCAGACCCGUAUUACCCUUUCAACAUGUUGUGAGAAGCUUCUCAGAUUCACAUUUAUGCUUGAAAUUGUUAACAAGUGCAUCAUGUCCCACCAGCUGCCUUGAUACUCCCACCCCUAGUUCAGGGGUUCUAGUUUUAGAUCUCAAACCAGCACCAGAAAGACCGUUACGAAGACCGGCUAUCGCAUCAACCACUAGUUCUGAAAGGGUGUCUUGGGGCAGUACGUUAGAAGAUCGAGCGGACGGUUCCCAAUACGAUGCAGAUUACGUACAACAUUGGUUAGAGUUAGAUGAUGCCAGAUCUGCCUUACAGCAAAGGCAUAGAGAUUUAGCGGACUUAGAAUACGAUAGAGCUGAACUAGAAGACUGGAGUUUAUCCUUAUCAUGUGAGGAUCUUAGAGACAGACAAUCACCCUUCGCAGAAAUAACCACACCCGGUCAAAUAUCCCUUUCAACAUUACCAAGUAUUAGAGAAGACGACGCGCUAGAAUUAGAAGAAGAUGUAGGCGACUGCUUGUGGAAUGAUUGUGGUUUUGCAACAGUGGAGAUCGAUGAGUGUAGGAUACAGGAUGAAGUUGAAACUUCAGAGAAAAGGUGGGAAUACACGGGAACACAUUCGCCCGGUGGUUCCUGGUCCAGUGCUUCUGACGGCCACGAAAAGAGAUCGAGCACUGCUUUAAGUGAAGACGGUGAUUGUGCUAAUGUAGGUUUAGAUUUUACGCGCGAUUUCUAUCGCCUUGUUAAAUAUGAAAGCACAAAGAGCUUAGCGUCGAAUUCCUCUAAAGGUGUAACCACUCAAGAUCCGGCGACCCAUUUACGAAUCAACGACGUUCAAACAAUGGCAUUGCAAGAUCGAGAACAAGCGCUCCAAAACGUUCUUAAUUUUAUAGCGGAACAGCAGAAAUAUUGCCGUGAUAGGGAGGAAUCAGAUUCAAUGUCAUCCCGUCCUGUGUCAGAAAUACGUGAAUUGCCUCCUCCUUACGCUGCAGCGGACUUCGACGACGAUUCAGUAGAUCCUCGAAGUGAAGUCUCCGAAGACAGACAGCGACCAGAUUCAUUCGGCAGCUUCUCUGAAAACGACUCCUGUGAUGUCGUCAUCGACAAAACGAGAGCUCCUUAUUGUGAUAGUGUAUCCGAGCCACGAUCUACACCUAGGUUUAUUGAACGUGAAGAGCCUUAUGCAGAAUCGGAAGAUUUUUACGAUUUAUCAAGAGUUGAAAACGCUGAAAAUGAAAUCGACGACCACCACUUACUAAAAGUCCAAAGAAAGAACGAAAUUAACAGGACAAUUGAUAUAAAUAAUUCCGAAUCAGAAGAACCGAGCUCGUUAAAAGACGAAAAACCUUGUGAUAUAGAAUCUAGUCGAGGCUUAGAACACACGCAGAGUGCUUUAAAAGAGAACACAAUGAAUAUAAUGUUAAACAAACAACCAAAUGAACGAGAAAUUGAGCCGGGUUUAGUGAAAUCGGCAAGCUUUCCCUACUCUAGUGAGAAUGAUAUCUCACUUGUCGAUGAAGUGUUAAACGCUUGCAGGCGAACUCCUGGCGCGUUGGGAACUGUUCCUGAAGAAGAGGAAGGUUCUUCCCCAGAAACUAGCUCGCCACAAAUGACUGAAUCAAAUACAACAAGCACGUCUACAGCUGAAACUGUGAUAAUAAGUAAUAAGAAUGAGGGGAUUAAAGUAAGACGGAGAGCAGAGAAAAGUCGAAUACCAAUGUUAAUGGGAGGAAAGAGGCCACCGUCUUCUCCUCAGAAAACGAAGUCGAAGAUUCCGGUGGCAGAGAAAAGUCGACCUGCUUCGACCCAAGCGAUUCCUACUCCUGAGCCAAUUAUCGUGAAACAAGAGGACACGCUCAGUUUUCAUGAAGCUGCUACCUCCAAAGAUGUCAUUGAAGAGCUUAACAGAAUGAUUCGACAAAGUGAAGGAGCAGCGGCGCCUUCGGAGACCAAAAGCGAGGUUUGCUCCGAGAAAACAUACACACAUAAAGACAACGCCCUGUGGGCGCCCACGGGCUGGGUGCAUGUGGAGAAAGAUAUAGACUUCAGUGAUCCAAAGGCCCGUGCCAACCUCCUAGACGUGAUGCUCGCGUCGAGCGACUCGUCGCCGUCGUCGUGCGGCUCGCCCGCGGAGCCGCCGCCUUACUCGCGCCUGCACCGCCUGCACCGCUCGCGCAGACAGAAGACCGCGGCGGCGCUGCGCGUGCGCGGGCUGGGCGCGCUGCGGCAGGCGCGCCACCGCCGCCCCUCCAUCCUCGGCCGCGAGGGGUUCUUCGUACGCUUUGCCGAGCCCGAGCAAGCCGCCGUCGCCACGUUCGACUUCUUAGACGACCUCUCCGGAUCAUCCCCUGAUGCAAGAGUCGAUAACACAUCAGUAGAUAUG